CGCACAAUGGGCCAUGGAGUUCCCGUUCGAUGUGGACGCGCUGCUCCCGGAGCGGAUCACGGUGCUGGACCAGCACCUGCGGCCCCCAGCCCGCCGACCCGGAACCACAACGCCGGCCCGUAUUGAUCUGCAGCAGCAAAUCAUGACUAUUGUAGACGAACUGGGCAAGGCUUCUGCUAAGGCCCAGCAUCUUCCUGCUCCCAUCACUAGUGCGUCGAGGAUGCAGAGUAACCGCCACGUCAUGUAUGUGCUCAAAGACACUUCAGCGCGACCGGCUGGAAAAGGAGCCAUUGUUGGCUUCCUCAAAGUUGGAUACAAGAAACUCUUUGUACUGGAUGACCGGGAGGCUCACAAUGAGGUAGAACCAUUGUGCAUCCUAGACUUUUACAUCCAUGAAUCACUUCAACGCCAUGGCCAUGGGCGAGAACUCUUCCAGCAUAUGUUGCAGAAGGAGCGAGUUGAACCACACCAACUAGCCAUUGACCGGCCCUCACAGAAGCUACUGAAGUUCCUGAAUAAACACUACAACCUAGAGACCACAGUUCCGCAGGUGAACAACUUUGUGAUCUUUGAAGGCUUCUUUGCCCAUCAACAUCGGCCCUCUGCUCCCUCUCUGAGGGCAACUCGACAUUCUCGCGCUGCUGCAGUCGAUCCUACGCCCCCUGCUCCAGCAAGGAAACUCCCACCCAAAAGAGCAGAAGGCGACAUUAAGCCAUACUCUUCCAGUGACCGAGAAUUCCUGAAGGUAGCUGUGGAGCCUCCUUGGCCCCUAAACAGGGCCCCCCGCCGUGCAACACCUGCAGCUCACCCACCCCCUCGCUCCAGCAGCCUGGGGAACUCUCCAGAACGGGGUCCUCUCCGCCCCUUUGUGCCAGAGCAAGAGCUGCUGCGGUCCCUGCGCCUCUGCCCCCCUCACCCCACUGCCCGCCUUCUGCUGGCUACCGACCCUGGAGGCAGCCCAGCACAACGUCGCCGCACCAGCUCCCUUCCACGCUCUGAUGAAAGUCGAUACUGAUAGACAGCUAACCCCCAGCUCCUUGGGAGAACUGGGUGUGCAGAGACCCCGCUCCCUGAGAACCCCAGACCCACUCUUUAUCCCCAGGAUCCAGUGGAACCUGACAGAACCCAUAGGAUUUCCCCCUUCCCUUUUCUUGGACAACUGGGUGGUCAGGAUCCCAGAUGGCCUACUACUUUGUAGCUUUUCCCACCGUAGAAAGCUCCCCCUUAUCUCUUAACUUGGGCUCUGAACACUUCCACAGACAGCCCAAUUCGCUGCUAAACCCCUUGAGCAGCUCAUUCUGUUUACCCAGAGAAGCACACACUUGCUUGCUGUCAGACUCUAGAACACCAUGGAAAGUCCCAGGGCCUCCUCUACUAGGCUGACCUUUUAAGGAGUCUUGUCCAUGGAAUAUAUACCGUAUUCCCUCUAGUGUCUACUGGUAGCUCCAGUACUGCUUUGUGCUGCCUACUAUACUUAACCUUUCAGUCUGCCCAUGCCAGCCAAUGAGCUCUGCUUCAGAGCAGUCCAGUUAGGUAGGACAGGGACUUACCAGCUCCCCAAAGGGAUCCAGUCAACAUUGCCAAACUCUUCAUUUCCAUGUUUUCUGUAUUUGUCAGGGAGCCCCUAAGCUGGUGUCUGUUUUGGGGUUCUAAAAGACUCAUCUCCCUUCUAAAGACACCUCUUCCCCCAGAUCCAGAUUCUGUGAGGAUGUCUGUCUCUUGGCAGUAGAUCCCAGCUAAGUACCCUAGCCAGGUUUCAGAAGAUAAGCCUGAAUCUCAAGGAUCUAUUAACUCCUGGAAUACCCUCUCACCAUCACUCCCCCAGUGGCUAGAUACUGAUAGAUUCCUGUCUUGUGAGAUUGUUUUGAGAUGGGGGUACACCUCCUCUCACCUUCCUUUUUUCUUCCCUCCAUGGUAAGAACCUUCUUCCCUGUUCCAAACCUUGGAUAGAACAUCCUUUCCCCUCCCCACCUUCUGAGUGUGUGGUAGAUCAGGUUCCCCAAGUGUUCCCCCCAAAUCCUUGGGAGCAGGAUCUCCCUCUCUCCCAACACCCUUUCUCAUUCUUCUCUCCAGUGUUGUCUGAAUCAAGUGUGAAUUCUUUUGUGUUUUUUAAAUUGAAAUUUUCAAUGAAAAACAAACAAAAAAACUUUGUCUCAGCCUCGUCUAUGCGUCACUCCUUAUUUUCCUGGGAUUUUAAGACCUCUAUCCCCCUCACUUUCCUCACGUCUGGGAUCUUCAGAUCUUCCAGCAAGCUCAGAGCUUCCCUUGCCGGCUCUGGUGUGUCUAUUCCCAUAUUCAUUUCUGGAUCUUCUCCUGCAGAUUCUGUCACUGGAUCCCUCUCUAUUGCUCCUGUGUCUGCUGCUCCCCAUUCCCUCCAGAAGCCACAAGCUCUCCUCAGUGACUUCUAUCUUUACCCCAAGCCAGUCCUUGCCAAGAUGUUAAGGAAUAUCAACAUCUCUGGGAUCCAUUCAUUGCCUCACCACCCAAUAAUAAUCCCCUACUCAUUCCCUGGAUUCCUCCCACUAAUUUCCUGCUGUCUGCUCCACUAAACCCUUAGGCCUCUCUCAAGACAAUCUUACCUCUGUUCAGAGCCCAACGAUCUGUCACCUCUGCUUCAAAAUCUUUCCUUUUCCUCCUAAAUUCAGCCUCACCACUCCCUAUUUCUCUCUGGUCUGAGGUAUCCUGUCAUUACAGUAGCUGUGUUUUCCAAACCAAACAUCAGGGCACCUGGUGCAACAGAUUCUUUCGGCCUCCCUUGUGAGUCUGUUUUUAUGACAUGAUUUGGAUCACACUUAACCUUAUGUUUAAACCACUGCUUCCACUAGAAGUAAAGCAACAAAUCAGGA